CUUUACUGGUUUCUUCUAGGGUUGGCAAUGGAUACUGGAGGCAAUUCAUUACCAUCUGGACCAGAUGGGAAGAAGCGAAAAGUUAGUUAUUUCUAUGACCCAGAAUUUGGGAAUUACUAUUAUGGUCAAGGUCACCCAAUGAAGCCACACAGAAUUCGGAUGACACAUGCUCUUCUUGCACACUAUGGGCUAUUACAACAUAUGCAUGUUGUGAAGCCCCUUCCUGCUAGAGAUAAGGAUCUUUGCAGGUUUCAUGCUGAUGAUUAUGUUUCUUUCUUGAGAAGCAUUACUCCAGAUUCACAACAAGAUAAUAUUAGGCUGCUGAAGAGAUUUAAUGUUGGUGAAGACUGCCCUGUUUUUGAUGGCCUCUACUCUUUCUGUCAAACUUAUGCUGUAGGUUCUGUUGGUGGGGCAGUGAAAUUAAACCAUGGACAAUGUGAUAUUGCAGUGAAUUGGUCCGGUGGGUUACACCAUGCAAAGAAGUGUGAGGCUUCUGGUUUUUGCUAUGUGAAUGAUAUAGUGCUUGCCAUCUUAGAGCUCCUCAAAGUGCAUGAGCGAGUCUUGUAUGUAGACAUUGAUAUCCAUCAUGGUGAUGGUGUUGAAGAGGCCUUCUAUGCUACAGACAGGGUCAUGACGGUUUCAUUUCAUAAAUUUGGAGAUUAUUUCCCUGGGACUGGGGAUAUAGGUGAUCUUGGAUACGGGAAGGGAAAAUAUUACUCUCUUAAUGUUCCAUUAGAUGAUGGAAUCGAUGAUGAAAGCUAUCAGAUGCUAUUUAAGCCGAUAAUGGGCAAAGUGAUGGAAGUUUUUAAGCCUGGUGCUGUAGUGCUGCAAUGCGGUGCCAAUUCAUUGUCCGGAGACAGGUUGGGUUGCUUUAAUCUCUCAAUAAAAGGGCACGCAGAGUGUGUCAGAUACAUGAGGUCUUUUAAUGUACCGUUGCUGUUGCUGGGGGGAGGUGGCUACACAAUACGCAAUGUGGCUCGUUGCUGGUGCUAUGAAACUGGAGUCGCACUUGGGAUGGAACUUGAAGACAAAAUGCCACAGCAUGAAUAUUACGAGUACUUUGGCCCAGAUUAUACUCUUCAUGUCGCUCCUAGUAACAUGGAGAACAAAAAUUCUCGUCAAAUGUUAGAAGAAAUGAGAGCAAAGCUUCUGGAUAAUCUCUCAAAACUUCAGCAUGCACCGAGUGUGCAGUUCCAGGAGCGGCCACCCGAUACUGAAUUUCCAGAGUCUAUCGAAGAAGGGAAAAAGACGACGAUUGAGAGACUAACUGAAAAACCCCAGGGCUACUUCUUCUCCCCUUCUCGCUCUCAAGUGCUCUCAAGAAACUACAGCGAUCGCCUUUAUCUGCUCUACACCAUUGUUCUAUCGAAGAAGGGAAAAAGACGACGAUUGAGAGACUAACUGAAAAACCCCAGGGCUACUUCUUCUCCCCUUCUCGCUCUCAAGUGCUCUCAAGAAACUACAGCGAUCGCCUUUAUCUGCUCUACACCAUUGUAUGAAUCAUUGGGAGGCUAACUGAAAAACCUUCACCCAUGUCCAGGGCUACUUCUUCUCUUGUAUCUUCCUAAUCCGUCAGUUAUUCAUGGCCAUCGAAGAAGCUGGGAAAAAGGUGGUGGCUCAUUGGGAGACCAUCAUGGGCUUUAAGGAAGAUGAAAUGAAGUUCAUUACAGGUAUAAAGGAUGAACUGGUGAAUAAAAUGGUCAAAUCAAUAGGGAUAAUCGUAGAAGCUGAGGGGUCGGUGAAGAAACUUUGGGAGGAGUUGGAUAAGGUUCAUAAAGAAGAUGAUACUAUGAUUACGCUAUUGACCACGCUAUAUGAAGAAUAUAUUAAAUCCUGGGAUGGUGAAUCCUCAAAGGGUGAAUCCUCAAAGUCUGCUGCGGGUGAACAAUCAAAGUCUGCUGCAUCGGGUGAACAAUCAAAGUCUGCUGCAUCGGGUGAACAAUCUACGUCUGCUGAAUCGGGUGAACCCGUGGCUUUGCCUAAUCUGACAUUUGUUGAGUAUGCUGCACAAAUUUAUCCGUAUGAAAGCAAGUUCGGUAGAAGAAAUAUGGCUAUUAACAAUUUAAUGUAUCAAUUGAUAGCUACUAGGGAUGGCAUGCAAACUCACUCCGCUAUAUUGGGAGGAAUGGUUGAAUCUUUGGCAAAAUUGUCUAGGACCCUCACAUCGGCUCUGGGCGCUCUUGAGCUGCGUGCUCAGGACGCUCCAAAGCCGAGUUAGUUUUUUUAGCCUAGCCUUUGUAAUAUGGAUAUACACUGGACGCUCCAAAGCCGAGUUAGUUUUUUUAGCCUAGCCUUUGUAAUAUGGAUAUACACUGCUUACCAGUACAUUUUACGAAUCUUUAUGUUCUUAUGUUUUGUAGCAAUUGUAUGUGAUUGAGGAGCUUGUUCGUCUA